GAGAACAGCAUCUAUGGACGGUGCACAGUGGGAGAUCGCUGGUCGAGCCAACAGGGUAACGAUGCUAACCUACCAGAUGGAGACAGAAACUGGUCCAACAGAAACACCUUUGGAGCAGCAGAGGGCGCCACCUCGGAUGAUUUUAAGAAUCCAGGCUACUAUGAAAUCAGGGCAGAAGACAUGUCUGUUUGGCACGUUCCCAACAACUUCCCACUGGAGCACUGGAACCUGGCAGCCAUCCUCCGCUACCACACUGAGAACCACUUCCUCCGGCUGUAUGGAGGAAACCUCUUUCAGAUGUUCUCGCAAUAUCCAGUAAGAUACAACGUUGGCUCCCCCGGCAACAGAGGGCCAGCAAUUCCCAUUCUGUAUGACCAUGGAGACAAAGAGUCCACCAAAAUGUUAUAUGGACCCAAAUCAAGAGGGGAGUUUGAACCAGGUUUCAUCACAUUCAGAGCAAUCAAUGAACGUGCAGCCAUGGCUAUCUGCUCCGGGGUCAAGCCGGUCCGUGGAUACAACACUGAACAUUACUGUAUAGGAGGAGGGGGCUAUUUCUACACUGAUCAAUGUGGGGACUUCCCAUCAUUUGACUGGGACAGAUUGGGAAUGGAGCAAGGCUGGAGCGCCUCCAAAGAGAUAACUGAGUCUGCUGUUUUACUCUUCUACCGCUGAGAGGACUAUUUGCUGAGACCAUGAUAUAAAUAACAGUUUUCACCUUACCUUUUUAUAAUUUAGAUUUUUCUUCUGUCUGAAUGAAUAAAAUCAAUUAAGAACCAUACUCGUGCCUCUUACAGUUUUUUUUAAUUGAGCUGCACUCCAGCAGAUUUUCAAAUACAUUUUUAAUUGAUUUAGAGUUCAUAUACUAUUUUUCCAGCAGCCUACAUUGUCUAUAGAACAAUUUACUUUGAUCCCACUGGGUGUAAGGUAAGUUUUGUCCAUGAGGGUCGGAUUAAUAAUAAAAUUAUAUUUUAUUAGUUGCACAUAUUACAGCUUUUAUCAAAUACAAGCUUGUCUCAUCCACGUUUGACUUGAUGAAGUUUCCACUGAGUCCAUGAGGUUUUUAUUAUCAUUGAACAUUUCGUUUUUUAUUUCAAUAGGAGUCUCUGUGAUUGAAACAUUUGCAACAGCAAAAAUUAGAUUAUUUUGAACAUAGUAAAUUAUUUAUAAGUUUGUAAGAAAAUAAAGUUAUUAUACUAAGCAUAGC